AUGGGUUCCGACGACGGCGACGGCAAAGACGCUCCGCAACGCGCUUGUGACGGGUGCCGCAGAAUGAAGAUCCGGUGUAUAGGCAAGGAGAAGCCCCCAUGUAAGCGAUGUGCGAACAUGAAGCUCGAGUGUCGCUUCGAGAUGGGCGGCGUACCACGUAUGGGUCCUGAAGAAUUCGAUUCUUUCUCACGCGCGACGAAAUCUAGACUAGAGAGCCUAGAGGGACAAGUGGGCGGAAUCAACGGCAAACUGGACGACAUCUCCGCCUUCCUAAGGAACAUGCAGCGCACGCCCAUAACCGCGUCGCCGCUCACGGCAUACACCCAUAUCAGCGAUCAUCCCGUUGGGCGGCCUGAAUCAUGGCCGACGCUGGACGAGCGGGCCCCUUCUCCCGCGAAGAGUGCGUCUGACGACGAAGACCCAAUGGACCUCGCCACCGCCGAGCCGUUCCGCGACCUAACCCGACGCGAGGAGGCGGAGCGCUUGCGAGCGGAUGGAUAUGAUGCCGGCGGGCGGUGGGACGGCAACACGCGUAAGCGCCGGCGGGUGGAGGACGCCGUCCCGGCUGUCCGCGCCCACGGCGGGGUGUGGUACUCUGCCGAUCCCGUGACGUUGGGAUGGUGCGCCGAAGCUGAGGGACGCGAGCUGUUCCAAGCCUUCUUCGACUACGCAUACCCUUUCCUUCCCGUACUCGAUCCAAAGGAGGAUACGUGGGCGGACGUACGUGCACGCUCGCCAUUCCUCACCACCGUUUUACUCUACGUCUCCUCACGCGCACGGGACGGAUGUGCGCGCGCGUCAGACCUAACUCGGAAAUGCAGGGAACAGGCAGAGAACAUGGCCAAGGCGACCGUGUUCUCGCCCAUCGCGACGCUCGAGACCGUGCAGAGUCUCACCAUUCUGAGCCUGUAUACAGCCCACGGGUGGCGCGCGAGCUGUCACGCACUGUCUCUAGCGGUGGACAUGCGUCUCUUUCUCUGUCUCGCACACCUGCGCGACCAGGGCGGCGACACGGAGCGGCAGCGUGCCCUCAUCGCCGGAGCGCGCGUCUGGCUUGCCCUGGUGAAACAGUCAUACGAGAUGAGCUACAACCACGCCCUACCGCUACAGUUCCCCGUUGGCGAGACGAUGAAGCAUGCGCGCGCGUACGUCGCCCAUCCAAUGAUGAAUAUCUGGGACGCGCGGACCGUUGUUGCGCUAGAACUGCUCGUCGUUCGCGAGCCCCUCUUCCAUCCAGGCAGCGGAGGCCCGAGCGGCCCAGAGCUCGACGAGAUGCUGCGCGAGGCCAACGCCAAGGUGGCUGAGGUGUACGAGCACUGGCUCGAGUAUUAUCACCGCGCAGGCCUCCCAUCAGACCAUUACCUCCUCCGAGAACUACGAUCCCAGCGCGCCUAUUGUGUAAUGUACGCGAACGCGCCCGCAUGGCAAGGCAUCAAGACGCCCGAGGACGUCGCUCUUCUCCCCCGCGAACGACAGGGAUGGCUCACGGCUGCGGUGCGUGCUGGCGCCUAUCUGAUUGCGAACAUUGGGGCUGGCGAACAAGCAAAAGACAGCGAGUACGCCAACCACAGCUUCCACGCGGGCAUUAUCGCCACGGCUCGAUACCUCAUUCGCAUGGUCGAGGUUUUCCCCGCCUGCGACGUAUACCAAGUCUCGCUAGACCUAGACAAGCUACUCAUCAAGCUGCCACAGUACCCCUCACACCCCUUUACUGGCAUCCUGCGCCGCGCCGUCGAACGCGCCCGUGCAUCGGGAGUCCUGCCUACCACGAACAUCAGCGCCGAUGCUGCCGCUGCCGUCCCACCGCCGGCAGAGAGUAGUCCACUCCUCGAACAGUGGGUCACGGGAUUCAGCACGCUCCCAUGGACCGACCAGCCGACUGUGCAAGAGAAUUCUGUCGUCUGGCCUGAAGACCUGUCGAUCCUCGCCAACUGGUUCGCUGGUAUGGACGGUACGCCAGCCCCCGAGGGAGAUUUGGGAAACUGGUUACCAGGGACGUGA